ACAGCUCAUAGGUAGGCACAGCAGAGCUCAGAGCUCGGAGGGAUGGAUAAAAAGAUUCCCACGUGAAAGGCAAGAUUCCACAGAACAGGAGGAGGGUGAGUUAGAGAGAGAGAGAGAGAGGAAGGGAGGAGGGAAAAGGGGGUGAGGAGAGAGAAGACAGAAGAGGAGAGAGAGGGAGCAAGAGAGAGAGAGAGAGAGAGAGAGAGGGGACCAGAUGGACUCUACACACAGGAAAGAAAACGGUGCAAAGCUCAGCAAGCAGCAGUGACAGAGAGGCAGGAAUAAAAGCAAACAUGAAUGUCAGAAGAACUGAAUAAUGGGAGGAAGAGAGAGGAAGGAGCAACGAAGAAGAGGAGCGAGCGUUUGUGGGGGAAAGAGACAGCACAGAGGGAAACAGGAGAGAAAUGUGGAUCUCACGAUGACAUCAAGCAUAAAUCAUUGAGGAAAAGCCUGUGACGGAAAGAAACAGAGGGGAGAAGAGGGAACAGGGAACCAAAGACGAACACAAGAAAGGCCAUUAUGGGGAAGCUUGUAGGCCCAUCACAUAUUUUGAACAACUAUUCUUCUAAGGGCCCAAGAGGCAGAGCACUUAGACGAGACACACCUGCCGAGGAGAUGAAACAACCCGAUGGACACUAAAGGGAUGAGCUGCUUGCUUUUUUCCCCUCCAUGCUUAUCUGGCGAUAACUUGUCCAGCAUCAUCAAGUGUUCGCAUAUCUGUGAAGUUUAAGAAAAAUGUGAAUAGUAUGCCAAAGCGCUCAGCUUUAGAGGAAAUGUAACAUUAGGACAUUGGACGUUUAGGGAAUAUUUGAUGCUGCAUAUAUUUAUUUUUGUACAAGUGUUAAAGAGAAAACCCACUGGAUUCCCUGGGUUUUACAUCACCUUCAUAGCAGUCUUUACGUUUUCUGUAUUUAAUGUGGAACUGUGAAUAUAGUCAUGCGUUCUUUCUCAAGGAUAAUUCUGGUUGCAAGAAAAACCCUUGAUGUAUCGAUCUGAAACACCUCCGCAGCUGCAUACCAUCAUAUAAAGAGACAGAUAUAUUGCCACUUCAAUGGAACCGGUUUUCAGUCAGUCAGUAUUACCGAUCUGUCACUGUUAUAGCAACCGUUAAGUAUAGGAGUGGUUGUUUUCUUUCGUAGAUGCACUAUCACAACUAGGCUUUCACUUCCUGCAAAGCCUGUGGAUGUUGGGGGAGCAGGAUCUAGAAGAGAAAUGGUGAGCAAAGAGCCCAACCACCUGCUUACAGGCCAAACCAACGGCAAGAGCCAAUUGACAGACAAGCUACCGGGAACAAUGACCGUGCGCUCAGUCCUCCUCAAUCGAGACUCUCCGGAUAUUGAGAGUCAUCUCAAACGACGUCGUAACCGUACCCACCAAGUCCGCUUUAAGGACCUGGAAGAUGGCAGCAGUAGCAGUGGCAACAGUGGGACGGGAGAAAACAAUAGCCAUCAAAGGACUCCCAAAGACUGUGACAGCCCAAAUCCUCUUUAUAAACACUGCAGGUCACCGCAGCCGUGGUCCACGGACGGUCCAAGGACUAAUGACCUGCCUGGCCAAACAUCUGUGGUAGGAGCUGUGCGCGGUGAUAUGGCCAGUACCAUAGAGGUUGUGGCUGCUUUCUUAGCCAGGGCCCCUCCUCAUCCACUGACGCCAGGUCCUACACGUCGAUGCUGGGCUCCACCACAGACUAACUCACUAACCUUGCCAAUGACACGAAGGACCUGCACAAGCACCAGCACAGCCAUCCAGACGUCUCCAUGCCUCAAAAAGCCCCCGUCCCUCUCCUCAACUCACACACGGAGCCACAGCCUUGGUGAUUCAGUUGGUAUAGAUGGGGAUGAUGAGCAUGACUCUCAAGAUGAAUACCUUACACACAACCAUGUGUCGGUGUUGCCUGCAUCCAGAAACCAAAAUGGUCCUCCUGGGCCUAGAGAUAAAACAGUUGUAGAACGGAAAUCUAAAGCCUGCAGGACAGACUUAAAGUCAGCUGUGAGCGUGGUCAAAAACUCCAGGCACAACUGCACGUCAGCCCUCAACAGCAGUCAGCCGUGUCGCAGUUCUCCUGUGUCAAUCUGCGAUGGACCCAAGAGGCAGGGAAGCAGCACUCCCUCGGUAGUAAGGAGGAGAAAGCGACUGAAUAGAACCACAAGUGAUCCUGGAAAAGAGGUGCACUACUGCACCACGCCCACUCAGACUGAAACCCAAAGUCUAAUUCAGCCACCUUCAAACACCAAACUCUGCACAACCCAAGUUCAAACUGAGAGUCCCUCGUCGUGUCAAAACUCAAAGUACUGCACCGCUCAGAGUCAAACUGAAAAUCAUCAGCCUUCAUCUGUGACUGAUAAACAAUGCACAACUCCGCUUCAAACCACAGACACGACUCCAGCCCUACCUCCCAGUGUUGAACAGUGCUCCACACAGAUACAAACCGACUCUCCCUGUCGCUCUCCUCCUAAUACUCAGCCGUCCACUGCACGGACAAAAACUCAUGGUCUCUCCGCUACUCCACCACUGAAAGUGUCAUCUGUCCCUGUGAAAAUUCAUUCUGAGCCCCCGACUCAGUUACCAACCAGGACCCAAGACCCACCCAUUACCAAAAUAACUACUGUGCCUUAUGCUACUUCUGCCCUGUCCACAGGUGCACCAACACAGACUACUGAACACCGGGGUAAACCUCCUUGCUCAUCUUUCUUAAAUUCUGUUUCCCCCACAACGCCCCCCCUGCCUAUAACUGUGUCUAUUUGCUCCACUUCCCCUACACCUACUUGUGUAGCAAAUCCAAUUACACAAAAUACAGUUGUGUCCACAGAAACAACGCCCUCUUGCUCAACAGUUGUUUCCUCCAGCCCUUCCUUAAUUGCACCUCCGUUACCUACUCCUGACCCCAUCGUAGUGUCAUCCUCUCCUUUGAGCUGUUCUACACCAACCCCAACUGUCACGACUGCAACCCCUGAUAUAACUCCACCGGACUCCAUCGGACACCUAGCGACAGUUCCAGACCUCGCACACGGAGCGUCACACAACUCCACCACACUGCCUUCAAACCUGACACCCUGUACGUUUGUAACGCAGACUGCCCUGUCCUGCACCUCCAUUGCAUAUUACACCACCACACCUCCACACGGUCACCAUGCACCUCUACCUAAUUCCACGACACCCUCUUAUGCCGCUGUCAUACAAACUGUCUCCCAUUGCAACAUACCCUAUCAAACCGUCACCACUAGCUUACCUCUGUACUCCACUCACGUCUCAAACUUCUCAAAGUCCUGCACUUCUCCUGCAUCCAAUCUUCUAAACACACAACCCAGCGUCACGCCGACUAAAGCCGUUCCUUUGUACUCUUCUAAAUUCCGUGCUGCACCACCAUAUACCCCACCCUCUCAGGCCUCCUUCAAUGCUCAGGAUAAAAGGGGCAUCCGACUUCCUCCUCCUCCUCCACCACCACCUCCACCCUACACCCCUCGUAAAAAGGGAAACGACAAACCAGGUCCUGGAAUCCAAACACCUAAGCUCAGGGCAGACAGCAAGGCCGAUGAGAAGGAGAAAAAGGAAAAUGUAAAAUCUACCGACUCACCCAAACUUAACGAGCAGGCCUGCUCUCAGAAGCACAGAGCUCAAACGUCGCCAGUUCCUGUGAUGAAGGGAGAGAAAGAGUUCUCCUCAUCCUCUCCUGCCAAGGCCUGUUUUAAGACCAGCUGUCUCAGCUCAGCACAGGCUCAGCUUGGGGCCCUCCACAAAAUGCUCUGCUCCGGGGCCAACGCCAGGCCCAGCACUCCCAACAGCCAGCACCGUCUCCCUCCUGACCAGCAGGGUUGCUCUGGAGCCAAAGGCUGCUCUUCUUCGAGGCCCCUGACUCCCACCCAGGCUGACACACUGAGACAGGUCCAGGAAAUCCUGGGAGGGUUGGUGGCUGGGGCCAAGUGUAAAUUGGACCCCUCCAGAGUGACAGAAAAACUCCUUAGUCCCAAUGGGCCCCUGCAUGACAUACGUAGCUUGCAGAGCCAGCUCCACAGUUUGGAGGGAGUCCUGGAAACCAGCCAGAACACCAUUAAAGUCCUGCUGGAUGUGAUUCAAGACCUUGAGAAGAAGGAAGCGGAGAGAGAUGGAAGACAUUCAUACAGGACUGGACAGGACAUUGAGAACUGUGGGACCUGCAGGGACUGUGCCUGCAUCAUCUACAGUGUAGAACAUGACUUUCGGCUGCAGGAAGGCCAGGUCGUACGCACAUGGAAGGUGGGCGACCCCCCCGAGGGCUCACCGCAGCCCUCCACUCCCCAGUCCACCACACCCGUUGAACAGGAUUCCCCGGAGUCAGUGCGGCCGCCUGCCACCAACAAGAAGAACAGGAAGAAGUGCUUCUGGUUCCUCUGAUUCCUGGAGGAUGAGGCUGAAUAAAUCUGAGUACUGUAACGCACUGCAUACCCUUCACAUAAAAAACAACAACAACAAAAUAUCCUACCUAUGGUGGUUUUAUAGAAAACCAAGCAUGGAAUGAACUGAAGAAAUCGAAUUCUAGCAACAAAAAAAAAAAGAGAAAAAAAAAAAGAAAACUGUGGGAGGGGACGGAAAUAACAGGGACUGUGUCGGAGUGUUAGCUGCUGCUGGUGGAGUUGAUGAAAAAGGUUUAACUGGAGUGCAAAUGUUUUAGCUGCUCAUAAUAUGCCUCUUCAGCACAUGCAGCAGGUUUGAUGCCGGUGCAGACUCGCAAAAGUGCUGCAGUCAAAGAAAGGCAGGAGUUCAGUCCACGAUAUGAAUCACGAUUAAGAAGCAAUUAGGAGAUAUGAAGAGAAUAUAUUGGAGGAGUUACGGGCAAGGUGCAUACUAGAACAGACGAUCCAGUGGUGGUAGAGAAAAGAGUAUAUUUAUAUGGAAAAAAAUAAAAUGAAGAGAAAAUAUAGACGGAGAGGGAAAAUGACUGAGGACGGCUCUGUCGCCAUCAUUGGACUUCAUCAUCAGUCAGAACACCAGCUUUUAUAUCCAGAGACAUUUAAAAAGAAUUAUUAUGAACUGUAUUUAAAACUUUUAAUAUGCUACACCAGACAAAGAUCUGUAACACAUGUCAACAAUCACACACAGGCUCACGCACACACACACAGAUACAUUUAUACAUACAACACAUACAGUAUAUUCAAUGGGAAAAAUGGGUGAACUGAGUGCUGUAUAUACCAGAGCUAUUCUGCUUGGAUGCUUUAUUUAAGAUAUGGAUUACUGCUCUAUAAAAGUAUUUUACCACA